AUGCGGCCGCUGGGGCUGCUGCUGCUGCUGGCGGCGCUGGCGGGGGCCGGGCUGCCGCCGCCCCCCGCCCCGUCGUCCCCGCCGCCGCCCCCGUCCCCUCCGUCGGGGCCGGCGCCGCCGAGCGCGCAGUGCCUGGGGUCGCGGUGCUUCGCGCUGUUCUGGGAGGCGCGCAGCUUCGCGGGGGCGGGCGCGGGGUGCGCGGCGGGCGGGGGGCGGCUGCUGCGGGCGGCCUCGACGGUGGAGGCGGAGGCGGCGGCGGUGCUGCGCGGCGGGCGGGCGGGCGGCGUGUGGCUGGGGCUGCGCCUGCCCGAGGGCCGCUGCGCCCAGGCGCGGCGCGGCCCGCUGCGCGGCUUCCAGUGGGCGGCGGGCGACGAGCGCAGCGACUACGAGGCGUGGGCGGGCGGCGGGCCGGCGGAGGGCGCCUGCGGGCCGCGCUGCGCCCUGGUCGGCGCCGCGCUGCGCUGGGAGGAGCGCGCCUGCGAGGCGCCCGCCGACGGCUUCCUGUGCGAGUACACCUACCCCGACGGCACCUGCGCGCCCCUCGCCGCCGCCGCCGCCGCCCGCUACGCCACCCCCUUCGGGGCCCGCGACGGCGACCUGUCGGCCCUGCCGCCCGGCACCACCGCCCGCCUGCCCGGCCUGCCGCUCCGCCUGGUGUGCCGGGCGCGCCCCGACGGCGCCCCCCCCGCCUGGGCCGCCGCCGCGCCGGGCGCCUGGCCCUGCCGGCUGGCGGGCGGCGGCUGCGAGGGGCGCUGCCGGGAGGACGCGCAGGGGCGCCCCUCCUGCACCUGCCCCGAGGGGGCGGCCCUGGGCGCCGACGGCCGCAGCUGCCUCUCCCCCUGCGCCCGCCUGCGCUGCCAGCACCAGUGCGCGCCGCACGGGCCGCGGGCCGUCUGCCUGUGCCACGAGGGCUACCGGCUGGGCGCCGACGGGCGCAGCUGCCGGGACGUCGACGACUGCCUGGCCCAGCCGGGCCCCUGCGAGCAGAGGUGCGUCAACACGGCCGGCGGCUUCCUCUGCCGCUGCUUCGCCGGCUACACCCUGGUGGACGGCCGCUGCACCAAGAACGAGCACCUCUGCUUCUACUCCUCCUGCCAGCAGGACUGCCUGGUGGAGAACGGCACCUUGCGGUGCGCCUGCUUCGAGGGCUUCGCGCCGGACCCCGGGGACCCCCGGCGCUGCCUCCGCUUCUGCAACCGCUCGCGGUGCCCCGCCCAGUGCGACCCGCACACCGGAGACAGCUGCUAUUGCCCCGACGGCUACAUCAUCGAGGAGCACGAGGACGGCGCCAAGGUCUGCACGGACAUCGACGAGUGCGACGAAGGCUACUGCGACGGGGACUGCCGCAACCUCUUUGGCGGCUACGAGUGCGUCUCCGGAGGGCCCGGCCCGGCCUCGCAAAGGCCAGACUUCGAGGGCUCGGGGGACGCCACGCUUUUCUCCACCCAAAGGCCCCUUCCCACUUCUGUGCCGCCCAGGGGUGGCCGCAGCCCGGGGACCCUGGUGGCCAUCGUCGUGAGCACGGUGCUCUCCUUCGUGGCGUUGGCGGCUGUUGUGUACUGUUUCCUGAAAAAGCUGGACCCUCCGCAGACCAAAGUGGAUUACAAAUGCCAGCAGCUGGAGACUGAAGUGGUGAUGGAACCGGUCGGGCCGCAGAGCACCUCUUACAAACAGAAAAUGUAG